AAAUGGUAUCGAAGAACGACACGAGAACUCUGGAAGUUGUCGUGCGCAAUUUUUGUGAAAAAUGACCGUUUUUUAUUGCUGGGAAUAAGAAAGAUGAAAGUGAUGCGCCGGCUCGUCUUUCCGUGCGACUGCUGCCUCGAAGGGACGGUGACGUGAACGCGAUUGAAUGAGAUUUUGGCUAACUGCGCCCCAGCUAACCGCGACUUGACAUGUUUCUGGACGCUGGAUUCCGAAGCAGUGAAUGUGCCAACAAUUGGAACUCGCGGACAUUCCUACUUCCUAAUGGGAACAAUGUCAAGCUAACGGUACCACCAGUCGCGUGGUAACCUUUGAGAAUUCUCUGCGUACGACGUGUCUGCGGUUAUGUCGCUUAUCUCGUUUUUUUUCCCUCUUUAUCACCGUGUGGUCAUCCGGUGGCUUUCUACUCGGGGCCUGCCGUCGCCUCAGAGGUCAGAGGUGCAUGCCCAUCCUCGGCGGGGAAAAACCGCCGACGAUUCCCGAGCUUCAUAGAAUGUACGUCAGUUUGCUCACCAAAGGGCUGUGUGAAAGCUACUUCCCUCCGACCUGUGUGGCGAGCCAGCUGCAGAGGCUGCCAGACAGCGGUUCAUCCGGCCACCAUGGCUGCAGGUCAGGGGAGCACCACGCCCCGUGAAGUCAACCCUGCUAGGGAGCACCCCCUGGAAAGGGUGACGCCUGAUGGACUUUCUCUUGGAGGAGGCGUUGCCAAUGAGGGCUUCAGCCGUACCCCGUCGGAGGCCCUGUUUGCUGUCGUGCCGCCGGCAAGCACCCCCGACGGCAGUCUCUACUCGGAGAGUGCCACCCUGCUCAAUGGGCAGCUGCCGCGCCUCACCACCCUCGAGGGCAAGCCCCGGCCCGAGCUCUUGGAUGAGGAGGACACCCCCUGCCCGCCGAACAAGGUGGCGCUUGGUGGCGGUGAUAGACCGCUGUCCCCUGGCGAUGGGAUCUGCCUGGACAUUGCGGCCGACCUAGUUGCCGACGUAGCCACCGAGGAAGAGACUGCCAUCACCAAAGAACGACUUCGCGUUGUAGCAAUUCAGGUUUUUGUUCCGUUCCUGACGGCCGGCUUUGGCACGGUAGGCGCCGGUCUGGUGCUGGAUGCCGUGCAGCAGUGGCCGGCGUUCGAGCACGUCACUGAGCUGUUCAUCCUGGUGCCAGCACUGCUGGGCCUCAAGGGCAAUCUGGAGAUGACGUUGGCCGCCCGACUCUCAACACAGGCCAACCUGGGUAACAUGGACACCGCUGCCGAAUGCGUGGCCAUGGCCGCCGGGAAUAUGGCCCUCAUUCAGUGCCAGGCGACAGUGGUGGCGUUCCUAGCAUCCCUGUUCGCCGUCCUGAUGGGAUACCUAACCGAGAGCCACUUUGACUCGGCCCAGGCGGUGAUGCUCUGUGCAAGCAGCAUGGUCACCGCCAGCGUGGCCAGCCUGCUCCUCGGAUCCCUGAUGGUAGGUGUUGUAAUACUGGCUCGCAAGUGGCAUCUGAAUCCGGACAACGUGGCAACACCCAUCGCAGCCUCACUCGGCGACCUCACCACUUUGGCACUGCUCGCGGGCGUCAGCAGCCUGCUCUUUCAACAAAUCAACGUGGUGUGGCUGUCUCCGCUGGUGGUGUCCGUGUUUCUGGCGGGUGUUCCCCUCUGGGUGUAUCUGUCCAAGCGAAACCCUUACACCCGAGAGGUGCUCUGCACCGGAUGGGUCCCCGUCAUCUGUGCCAUGGGAAUCUCCAGUGUUGGUGGUUGCAUCUUAGACGCUGCCGUCACCACGUACCAUGGCCUUGCAGUCUUUCAGCCUGUGAUAAAUGGGGUUGGGGGCAACCUGGUGGCCAUCCAGUCAUGCAAGCUGACCACCCUGUUGGCCCAGCGCUCCAAGCUGGGCAGCCACCCGAGCUCGGACGGCCAGAGCUGCAUCGACCCCUGCUCGGCUUUCUGCGGCAAGAGCUCUCAUGCUCGCACGGCGCGGCUCCUGAUGUUGAUGGUGCUGCCAGGGCACCUCAUCUUUGUGUACACCAUUCGGCUUCUGACCUCUGGCAACACUGUGAUCACCCCCAUGUUCCUGGCCUGCUACAUGACGGCCGCUCUAGUUCAGGUGGCACUGCUGCUGUACACGGCGCGCUGCAUGGUGUACUGGAUGUGGAGCCGUCGAGUGGACCCGGACAAUGCGGCCAUCCCCUAUCUGACGGCCCUGGGCGACCUGCUCGGGAUCGCACUCCUCGCUGCCUCCUUCUGCUUGCUGGAUGCACUCGGCGAUGCGGCUUCUGCGCACCCGACUACCACGACUGUCGCACCCAUCACCGUCGCCACACCGUUCGCCACCGUGGGAACCAUCGACUAACGAAGACGGCUCACAACCUGCAAAAGCAGCGUAGAUCAACGGUGAAAAAACAGCACAUAAGAACACAUAUCUGCCACUUCUGGUCUGCCUGCCUGUCACCGAGGCAGCUGCAAAUCUGUUGGAACAACUUCGCGCACAGCUGACGCCUCGGCUGACGUGGCGGUACAGAGCCAGCAUGAAAUGUUUCGCGACUCAAAACUGGCCGUGCGGUUUCGUGCAACUUUAGUUGCCGGCAUAGCAUGUGUACUCCCGGUUUCCCGUGUGCCUUGUGCACUUAGGUCUUUCUGAAACCGCUUUGUUGGGCGAAAUGAGAUGGCUUGCCGGGAAAGGCUGUCGUCCCGAUGCUGGCAUAGGUGUUUCACAUUGCUGCUUCCACUUAGAGCGUAGGAACUCUCCCAGUCCUGUGGUUGUCACUGGUGCGAUAGAUUGGUGUUGUAGGGAGCACUCAAAGCGAGUCUGGAGUCCAGGUCCGUGCUAAGACUGAAACCGAGGUCAGCUACGCUAUCCCAAGGUCCCUUCAUCACGGAGCUUCAUCGCGAUUCUUCGCCAGUGAAUCAAUUUCAUCAGGCUAGGCAAAGGUCGGCAGAUGGUUUCAAGGUCUUCUAACUGCAAACAUUUGAAAAGUGUUUAGAGGUGCAAUGUCUCUACCCCGGUGUGGAUAGCUUAGUGACAGGCUUUAAAUAUUCCAUGGUCGAAAAUCAUUCGUUCUUAUCCAGGAAAAUAGGCACUGGUUCUACACAUCUGCGAUAAGAGCUUCAGUCUCAGACACGUUAGGCAAAACUCGCCUCUUGCGUUUUGAUUUCUUAGUAACGACUACUGGAUGCAUAACCUGGAAGCAUGAAUGAAAACGUAGAAAUUUUGUCUGGGCAUGAGAGCUUGGCAAACAAUGUAAAUUUGUGCCCCUUGCUUGAAAAGGCCAAAAUGGGAACAUUUACUGAAGUUUUAGGUCGUUAUGUUAGUUUUAUGUGCAUUUAUUUUUUUCUCUCAUGUGGCAUGCACUGUGCUUCAGCUUGCCACCAUGUUUUUUAGGUAAAUAUUAGUUAUUUUUUACGCGCCUUUGCAGAAGGCUUUCCCAGCACGCAGCGCUUUUAUGUUACGCGACACAAAUCUCAUGUCUCGAGUUCAGCUGUAUCUGCAGAAAAUUCUGAAGUAUGCUGGUCUUGCCUGUUCCGCGCAUGGCCCGGGGAGAAUCCAUGGCCAACUGCUGAUGAUCGUAAUCUCUCGUAUCAAACUAUAAUAAGUCUGACCACUCGUGACACAGACUCGUAGCUAGUUUGCGAGUGUGAUGCCAGGAGGUUCAGAAAUGUGUACGAAAUCUUAAAAAUCGCAGAAAGUUUUGGAAGAGGUGUCGGAUAGAAAGCAUAAAUGUGCAAGCAUUAGUGUGGUGCGUCUAAUUAAGAAAUGCUGUCACCGUGGACGACACCGUUCGGAUGGGAGUUAAGGCAGGAUGCAUUGUGGGCCUUGUCUUUAGCCUGUGGCUGCACCCAGCAUUUAGAACCCGUAGGAAACCGUUGCAUUAAGAGAGUGCUGGUGUCUCCAGAGUUCAGUGCUUUAAUUUUUUGCUGAACAUUGCUCAUGUGUUAAAUGGCUCGCAGGAGCACAGCUACAUCUACCUCCUUCCAUUUAUUUCUCUUCUGAUGCCAUUGAAUAGCUUGGUUCCCACUUUGCACUAAUUUCGCUUCAGUGUGCUAGUUGUAGAGUAUCUAUUGCUAACUGACACUUUUUAAUGGAGAAAGCAGUGCGCUUCUUUCCGAUUUCAUUUAUCAGGGCAACCUACGUAGGAAUGUCUGUCCGGUCUUGAAAGCCAGCUAAUCAUUACUUUCUUGCCAGACCUCUUGCAGAAAUGGAGGAAACCAGUCAUGUGUCUGUGCAAGUAGUACCGAUUCUGUUCAUUUUUGGUACACUCUGGUCUCCCAAAGCCUAAUUGGAGUGGUGGGCUGAUCCUUCCCAGCCUAAACCUUCUGUGUCACCAUCCACAUUCUUAUGACAGUGAGUUGCACUCUCAAACCUGCAUGGAAGACUAAGGUGCAGCCUUCUGCAGACCCCAUCCUACCCUCCCACAACAGAUUGUGUAUGCAUGGAUCUCUUGAAGUUUCAUGCAUAAACAUUCCAGCCAUUGUAGAGGCUUUGUGGCAAGUGAGUGCCAGACCGUGUUUGCGCUGACCCAAGCGUUAGCUCAGACGGCUGGUCGAACCUCCUGCUCUAAUCUGGGGCUGCUCUGGUGUCGCUAAGGACGAGUGAUUAGAACUUCUGUCUGUGCAAGGCCCGCUCGUACUAAAGGACAAAGAUGCAGUUAAAUCUCUAGGAGUGCUGUAAGACGAGGUGACGUAGGUGAUACCGGUGAUGGCGCUACUGGCCACCCAUAUUCGGGCUGUCUAGCUUUACCGCAUGAACUCAUUAAAGAAGCUGUAGCUUCAGUACCUUUUAUCUGGAAGAGAAAAAUGUGUGUGCCGCUCGACGGUGAUCUGAUGGCGAGGUACACAACAAGAUUUAUCCUGCCAUGUGUGCUCCUCAUGUACAAAGCAUAGCCUUUAGGAGACUGGUGUGACUAGCCCGUUGGAAAGUGUUUAAUGUCGUGUCGCAACUAGGGCUGUUGCUGUGUUCCUUCGUUACGUGUACUGCUGGUGUGGGCUUGUUGGUGCGAAAAGUGUUAGAUUAUUUCUUCCUUUGAGCACUUGUUUCUCAAAGUCCUUGGUCUCCUCAAGAAUCGGCUCUCUGAAAACAUAGUGGGGUUUUUCUCCUCCCAUGCUUUCAGGAUGCGUUGAGCUGUUUCUUUUUCUUUUUUUUCAUUCUUUUUCAUAUUUUCCCCGAUAUGCUCUUGUUUUAUCAGUUGCCUCAAGAAGGCAAAAUUUUCGUGCAGCAAUUAUAGCAGUAUCGUUACACAGCUUUUGUGGAUAACCUAUUGUGAAUAAGCUUCUCAGAUGUGGGGACGUUGUUAAGAACAAAUAGUAUAGUAAUGUGAAAGAAGCUAGUAACUAAGAGCACGAGCAGCAAGGCUGCUGCAUUAUACUCGCGUGUGCAGUGUUGUAAUUAAGGUAGAAUUUAAGACGUAAUGUCUUGUAUUUUUUUAGUUUUCAAACUUGCGCUUGUGCUUCAGCAGUAAUUUAUGCUGUAUGCAGUAAUGUGAUGGCUAUCCCAUUUUAAUUGUGGCUUUCUUCAAAGCUUAUUUUUACAUACAGAUAAAGUGUGGUUGAUGCUAGAGGAUUAAUAUGAUACGCGAUCUAGGCACAGUUUAUUAGUCUGUGGAUCUUGUAUCUAUGUUAAAUGCAGUAAAAAAAAAAAGGGCGUUGUUCUCAACCAGUUAUUAAGGGCGCAUUGUACUUCAAUACGACAACCGUGCAUGACCUGUGGUCACAUCUAAAUCAUUGACGUGCUCAUACAAACAUUUGCCCGGUGAAUCUGAGAGGUGCAUUUGAACACACAGUCUGUGCUUCUUAGAAUAAGAAAUGUUUAAGGAAAUUUAGAUCUUGUUUGAGGACCUAUCUGGCUCUUCGGUGAGAAAGUCACGCUCAAAAAACUUGAAAGCAGAUCUAAGUCUGGAGACCACAAUUCAGAACACUACGCAUCUCAAGCUCUUUUUUUGUUUCAGAGUGAUUGUCAUCACCGUCCUUGUGGUCAUUUCCUUUCUCUGGCAUCACAUAUAAUUUGAGCUUUGCUGAUCGUAAUUCGUGCGCGUUUGAUUAGAUUAGGACCUGUGGAAUCGGAUGGGGAUUGUUCAUGCCAGGUAAGAGUCCACCACAAGUGCUGUGAAAUCUUUUAGAGCGCAGGUUAAAAAAAAAAAAAGCAUUUGUUGGGCCACCACUGCCAACUAUAGUUUCCCUCUAGUACAUAAAUGUGCAUGUUUACGAUUUCUUUCGUACAGGUGAACACUCGCUGUAAUUGUGGUCAAACGCUUUGGGUCAGUCUUGCCUGGCAUACACAUCUUGCAUUAAACUUUUUCUCUGGCAUUUAGGGUAACUCGCCUAUUUUCCAAGAAAUGGGGAGGCCAUAUUGCGUUAUCUUCUGCUGUUUGUCUUUGUAGUGCGUUCCUGUUGAGCUGGAGCAAUGCUGUGAUGUUGUACUAGGUUGAAAUAAGGAAACUGAGCUUUAUGAAAUGAUACUGCUGUUAUUAAAACAAGGCUCCAACCUCUUUUUCUGGUUGUAUAAAGCAAAUUGUUAGACAUUGCAGUUUUAGGCUAAACGAUUCCACAUGUUGCGUUUCUAGGUGGUUGCAAAACUCCACUCUUGUGCAAAGGUGCAGCCAUUUAACUUCCUGCAUUAGUGUCGAAUAUAAUGGUCCUCGAACAACAGUAGUUCAACAAAUCCAGUCGGUGGAAAGUGUAGUGUUGUCAAUGUGAGUAACGCAUUACCGGUGAACAUCUAAUAGGGUCAUAAAAGGUUGAACACCGAAUAAGACUGCUGAUGCCAAGGAAGGGUAUUGGAAUUUUGCAGGCAGUGCCAUGCUUUCAGAGAUGGAGCGAAAGGUCAGGAAAAUAUGUGUUUGUAGCUCGCACAAAGAGGACCACGCACAACACCGAACUGAUGUGUGAUAGGAACCUUGCAAUAUGGUUCAGAGUUAUCUUGUGGAGCAGAAGGGAAAGAGAGUACCACAAAAGAAUGCAUGAUGGCGGUACGGAACAGUCAAUACACAAAACUGAAGUCUUUCAAUGGUGGAUGCCGGUGCAUCCGCGUCCCGUUGUUGAGUGCCUCGUUGCUCAUGCAAGUCAUUGUGAAGUGCAACACAGCGACUGCUGCGACAUCAGCGCUCCAUCUGUCAGUGUCGUGUGAGAGAGGUCGACAAUCUGAGCAUCAGCGGCUGCCGCAUCUUUGGGGGCAAGCUCUGCUUGGGCGGUUCGCCAGUGUGCGGUGUUGUGCUUGUUGAGCAAUCUGCAUUGCAAGUAAGUGAGUCCAGUGUGUCGAUGCGUGUGUGUUUUAGCCACAUUGGUAGGAAGCCAGGCAAUCCUAAUAAAUUCUUCGGUGGUGCCAUUCAAGUCACUGCAUGUUGCUGCCAGUUUGAGGCAUCUGGACAGGCAUGUCAUUGGUGUAGACAGACGAGAGCUUUAUGUUUGGUCAAUCACUGGAACAUUCUGGUCACCCCUAUGCAACCAUCUGCUUGCAAAGUCGAAGCUUGCAUUCGCUGUCUGCUUUAAUCGUGCUGUAGCAGGUGUGAGUGCGUGAAACGCUUCCUGUGCUUGUGCAUGUCUUUCUAAUAUCGAUGUCAGUGACUUUUUUUUCUCCCUCUCGAUGCUGCUGGUCAAUCCUCUUAAGAUGGGGUUUGUACACAUUGGUGUGCGUCAUUAAUUUUUCAUGCAGGCAUUCUGCAAUGCUUUCAUUAAAGCGCACCUCCAUCGGCACUCUUUGGGCAAGUUGUAAUGUAGUGAUGGUAUCAAUUAAGAGAAGUAGAGGUACAAGACACUUCUAGCAGAACCCAGGAAUUUCUUUGUGUGUGGAUUGUAGCAGCAGGUGAAUGUGGGGCAGAUGGCCAAGUUCUGUACUGUGUGAAUCUGUGCUUCUGAGCUGUGGUUCUGUUAAUAAGUACAUAAAGGGUUUUGAACAGCCACCUGCUUAGCACCUCCAGUAGUUUGUGAUGUAACUUCAGUAAUCUUACUUUGGGGCUAUCCCGUUGAAGAUGAAGAAGCAACGUAUCCCAAGACCUGCUUGUCUCACUGUGGCAGCAUUUUGUUGUAGUUUCAGAAAUCUCGUCCUCAGCAGUGCUGCGCUCUCUGUCCCUUGCAGUUUCACAGUACUUGAUCUGGUGAUGCAACUAACAGAUUUCAUGCUGCUGUUGCACGACCAGAGUGUAUGGACUGUCAGAGGUAAAGCUGGAUUCACACCGCAGAUGUAACUGCAUGAGGAUUGGUCACAUGACCUCAAGUACACAAAUUGUUUGCCUGCUGAAAGCAUUUAUACGAUCAAGAAAAGCAGAUAUUGGAACAAACGAUACCUGCUGUCACACGGAGAGCCAGGUUUCUAAGCUCUUCUGCAAAGGAUCUGACGUGUGGUUUUACUGCAAUUUCGCUGUGAAUCAGUCGGCACAUAUAAGGUGAGAGCAGUCAGGAAAGCUGAUGUCUGAUGAAAUGCUCUGCUGUGCUGAGGUCCAUGUUGCAGUUUGGUCCAUUGUGUGACCAAAUCUUGAGGCACUGCCCGUCUGCUCUUCAGAACUGUCCAGUUGGCUUACGCUGCUCUUUUAAAGGCGACAUUUUCUCUGAAGCUGUGUUUUAGUUCCAUGCAAGGAUGCUAUAAUAUAUGGCAAGAAUAUGGAGAUGGGGUAUGCACAGAACCACUGGGAAUGAUUGGUGAUGCACACAUUAGUACUCAGUGCAUUUCCACUCCAAGACUUCUUGCCUUUCAAGACUUGCCUGUGCUGCUGUGGGGAUAGGUCGCUCAGAUUCUCGAACGUACAAUGUUGACUAUUGUGCGGAAAGGUAUUCUACCUUAUUUCUUUUGGCCGGUGAAUUGCCACAUUCAUUAGGCUGUGUUUGCACAGAUACAGAGUACUUAUUUAGUAUUCCCUUUUGGAAUAUUGUUAUUUUGAAUGUAGCCUGGAAAGAAACAAGUAUUGUUUUGUGUUUUGGUAUUAUGCUUCUGUACACUUUUUUAGGCUUUUGGAUGCAGCCACAAACUUGUUUCAUCGUAACACUUACUCUUUGUCUCUUUUGUCAAAAAAUGAAGAUUCAAGAUAGAGUGGGCGAAUGUACUUUGGCACUUCAUGUGCCUGGUGUUGGGACUUGCAUUAUUGCAAAUGUUGUGCAAGUUUUUCUCAGUUUCUGACGGCGUGCAUGAGAUGGUUGCAUAGUAACUUGCCGCACCCUCUGCCUUUGUCUCACUGCCGAGGCCUAAAGCGCAAGAUAUUUGUAGUUACCUUUAUUUUGACUAGCUUUAUGGACUUGGGUUCCGCAACAGUGCGCGGCGCAUUUUCUUACGUGAUAGCUGUUUUGAUUGCUCGAGCCUGUCUCCCAAAGAAUGCAUGCGCAAUGCCUGGUCUCAAAUCUACCGAUCGCUGCGUGUGGUCAUCUCGUUUUUCAGUGCAGUAUAUUAUUUAUUGCCCAGAGCUGCCCCUUGUCAUUUUGAUUUCUCGUAAAUGUUGUGUCUGUACUCACUCUAAUGUAUUGUUCAUUUUAGACAUCAAACCCCCCCUCUUUUUUUUUACGCUUCUUAUUGUGAGUGUUGCACUUGGAACAUAAUUUUUUGCCCUGGGGUUUUUACAAAUGUUUUUGAAUGUUGGCUGCCCUGUGUGGGCCUAUUUUAAUGAUUUAUUCUGUCGUGUUGUUUUACUUAUGCCUAUUGCCAACGCUUGUGUUGGAAAUUGUGCCGCAAGAAUUCCCAAGCUCUUGCAUCUCUGGACUAUGACACACCAUGAACUGGCAGGCUUAAUCUUGUGGCAAGCUUAAUGGUGUAUUUGUUAAAAUUUUGUUUGUUCAGUUGUCACUGCUACGGUGUUGAAUCUGAUUUCAGUCUCAACUCGGGUCUUGUUUUGUCUGCUUUCACUGCUAUAAUUUCUCUGUGCUGGAGGAAGUGAUAGUUGCUUGCAACUUUUGUUAAGCCAUGUUCUGCUGCAAGGGUUUUGUAUAAAGACUGUCAGCGUACUUGGGAACUGUGCUUUCUGCCUUCUUUGUCCGGUGCAGUGAGAGUCGAUGAGACUGUCCGUUGCGCGCGGGGGGUCAUAGGGACGCAGUGUGGAAAUAAGUGGUAAAUUAUGUUUUUGUGGUGCAUGGCAGUACGAUGCAGGGGUCUCCUAAGCACAGGCCGGGCUGUAGUUGCUGCCCUAAGACAGUGGCUCUUUAAAUAAUUUUCUGAACCAAGCCUCUGUCUCGGGGUGCAUUUUUAACAUUGCAAUAGUGCUUAUGGAAAGAACCUGACAGCAGCGUUCCUGGCGUUAAGAUUGGCUGUGGGAAAAGUUUGUGUCAACCGUUGCUGAGCAUUAUCUGUUUAAUCAGUGAGCGACACGUUUGGUGUGGCAUUUGCGAAAGUUUAUCUGCAUGUUAUGUGCAUCAGUUUGUAUGAAACAGGGGAAAGUGUGGCAAAGAGCGACAUUGAACACUACUUCAUACUUUGGCUAUUCAGCAGCACUAGCAUAUUAUGGCGCCAUCAUGAUGUAUUGUAUGCAGUGCAUGUUCUUUCUCUGGAAGGAUGGAAAGUUCAGUCAGGUGUCCAAGCAAUCUGGAAGUGGAUCGUGUUGUCUGUGGUGCCUAAAACUUUAAAAUUUUGACAACUACUGCUUCGUGUGUUGGUUGGAUCUGUUGGCUGUCUCGUGAAGUCCUUGAUCAGACUGAAUUCGAAUGGAGCUCACUAUCUUUUUAUCAAGUUUUAAGUUCACCUCCGUCUGCUGCAAUAGAUUACUUACCUCAGCCAAUUCUGCCUUCUGAGAGUGGCAGUUGUAAGUUCAUAACAGUGGUGUCCUUUGCUUGCUCGACUGCAUUCAGUGUUGUAGGAAGCUUGGUAUGUACAAGUUUUGUGUACAAUGCAAAACAACAUUGGCAGUGCUAAGGAACUCGUGUGGACGAUGUCCUGCCCGUACGCUGCUGACCCACUAUUCUGUUUCACGCUCAAGGCGUUCCUCCUGAUUUAUAGAAACUUCCUAACUUCCUACAAAUGACUUGAAUUGAACAGCAUGGGUGCUGCUUUUUAUUUGCUAGGCUUGCCACACAAGAACUUUAGGAUGAAAUGCCAUUGGAGGCUGUUAGUGCAGAGACCUCUGUCAGUGCCCGAUACUUAAUGUUGCCUACAAUUGGAAAGCAACGAAGGUUGUCAUGCGGAAAAGCCCACAUGGCGUUGCUCGAGAGCUGUGCAAUACAACUGAGGCGAAAAAAUUUUAACUGACAUUCAUAGUUCAAAAACCUGGUAAUCUAAAGUUCUAAACCAACUGCUUUUUGUGGGAAAUUGGUCUGUCAAAUUCCGUGCUGCGAUAAUAAUUUGCUGUGGCACCUAGAAAACAUCCAUGUAUAGAUAUUUCGGUGCAGGUGGUCCAAGUUAAGCUUGAAACCCACCAAAUAGGGCAUCUCGACUAAACAGCUGCACUUAUGGAGGGGACAUGUCUGUUGGAAUCUGCGCAUGUUUUGUUUGGUGCCCAAAAUGCUCUGGAUUGCUAAGGUACCCAGCGUACGUGCUAGCUAUUGCUGUUUCGCCGUUGUAGUAAAUGCUUGCGAUGACUGUUAGGUGCAGUCACACGUUGGCUUUGUCCAUCGAUAGAACUUUGUGUACAGCACAUGCGAGCUUUCCCCUCUGAAACGCGCAGGUUAGUUACUGGUGAGAGGCUUGUGUUCACGUUAUGCUGUACUCGUGAGCUGAGUAGGAAGGUGGACAUAUCUGAACACUCUCUAGCAAGGUGCUCUUUUCCUAGAAUUUCAAAGCCAUACUCUGCCAUUUGGAUAUGCCAUGGGAACUUGCAGCAAUGCUCCCGUGUCACACAUGCCAGAGGCAGAAAGGAAGCAUUUCAGCCUCCAAACUUUCUUAAAAUUCGCUAGUCUACCAUGUGUGACUUGCACAUGGAGGUCAAAUUCUAGAAAACCCUUCUGGAUCAAAAACAUGGCUACAGAUGCAGGCCUGAAGCUCACGAAAGCGGAGUAACAUCUGUGUUUUUCAACCUCUGGAUCUUCAAAGCAAUGCCCACGAGACAUUCCAAUAAUCUGUGCAGUGGCUUCGAAGCUUUUGAUGAAGACUACAUGUACCGUCACCUGCAAUAGUAAUGGACCCCCCGCAGUUUUUGAACCGCAAUUGUGCAUCACUGGACAAAGCAAUUCCCAUUUAAUUCUUGUUUAAGGCGUAGUUGCACGAUAACACCCACAUUGUUUGCUAGCUGUUUUAAAAAUUGAGGCAGGAACCUGGGGGAGGAGUGGGGGGGGGGGUGACAUUUGCUGAUGAGGGUAUUGGCUGGUUUUCUGGGCUUCUUUGAAUAUUAGGGACAGCUGGUGUAAUCGCGGUGUUGGGUUCCGCGUCUCCAACACUUGUUUACUUUCCCGAGGAAACUUUCAAGUAUGCCGGCUUCCUACUUCGCUGUAAUCCCGAUGAUCACCUCUUUUUCUUGGUCCUCGUUGAACAAUAUGAGCAUGUGUGUGCUUGUGCUGUGAUAGCAGCCACUUUGUUGCAUUAUGUUGCCUUCAGCCCCAUUAUGUUGCCUUCAGCCCUUUUGCGGGACAAGCAUAGGACGAGGCCGUGAGAGAUGGAUGGCCUUGUAUAGGGGAGGGAUAUGAAAAUGCAAGUCUUUCAACUGUACAGCCUGAGUCGGUCAUUUCUGCUUUCCCUUGCCCCAGUGUACUGGACAUGGUGGUCAUACAACUGUCUACCUGUGCUUAUCCCUUGUUUGUGUGUGUGUGUCUGUGUGUUUUGUAGUGUGUGUUGCACUUAACAGGAACACCUCAUUGGCAUUCGACUGAGACUGCUUUUAUCAUAACCUUUAUAACUUUACACUUUUUCACGCUUACGUAAAGGAACCAUGCAGAUGUGCUUAAUAAUAGUAUUCAGCUGCAAUCCCUUUUUGUUUUUUCCAUCUCCAAAAGUAAUUUCAGUCUCGCCAAAAUUUACAGGAGCAAUUUAUUACUAACUGUGGUGCCGGGCAUAUGUUGAUAAAGUUCCAGAUGCUUGACGUCACGAUGCCAGACAUUGUCUCGUACCGCAGUUACUAAAAGCUGCUUCUGUAAAUUUUACUUGCAAUGCAAUUAUGCUUUUAGACCUGAUCAAAAGCAACCAAAACGCCACAACUAGCUCGGUUGUAACUUUUAGAAAAUGUCCAUCUUUGUAAAGGUUAUACUGUAAUGAUAUUUAGUGUAGCUUCUGCAUUUCAACAGCUAUUUAGAAGGCAAUGUUGAGAAUCACCUAGCAUAUGGCAGACAAAUAUAAAAAAUGGCUCGUUUGGCAGACGGAUAUAAAAAAGAAGGCUGCCCUUCUGACCUCCGUAAUAAAGUGGCAGCCUGUCGGUAUCUCGUUUUAAGUGUUCCUUGUAAGUGUGAUCCGCAGUGUGAGUAAGUGUCUAUAGCGUUUCCUCGUUGGUGUCAGCCUUUUCGCUCUACGCGAGGUGUACGGGUGCGCGCAUGACGUCAGUGAGUGCUUUCAGCGCACCCGUUGCCACCUGCUCGAAGUCUGCCUUGUGGUGGUUGCGAUUUACGUGACCUUUUAGUCGGUGCAAAAGAAGUGGACGACAGUGACUGAGCAAAAGUUACAAUAAAUGCCGCCGAUUGUGCGUAUAUGCGCUUUGUCGUCAUUUAUUUUUGCGUGCGCAUGUCGUUACGCUUUCUCACAUUACGGCAUAGGUGCCGUUACCACUACCUUUUGCAGCGAAGCUGUAUAUGCCUAGGCUGAAACACUCGUGAUCCUAC